CUUCGCCUCCUCUUCAUGGAUAAGUUCGUGUUCCUGUUUAUCCUUCUGUCUCCAGCAGCUUCUGAUGUGGUACGAGUGAAACCUGGAGAUGAUGUCAUUCUGCCAUGUCAGGCUGGUAACGUCUCCAUCAGAGGCGUAGAGUGGACCAGAACUGACCUGGAGCCAGAGUACGUCCUCCUUUACAGAGAUGGACGCUCAGAUGAAACCCUCCAGCAUCCAUCCUUUAAGGACCAGGUGCAGCUGCUGGACAGAGAGCUGAAGGACGGAAACGUGUCUUUACUUCUGAAGAACGUGAGCAGGAACAACGCUGGAACAUACGAGUGCCGAGUUGCAACAGAAGGAUCAAGACGUAAGAGAGCCAUCAUCAAGACUAAGCCAAUCAGAAUCAUCCAGCUGGAGGUUUCAGGGUCCAACAGCGGAGACGUCGAGGAGGGAAACUACAGACAUUACUACGGAUCUGUAGCAGCUUUUGUUCUGGUUUGUUUAGCUGCUGUUGGAUUGGCUGUUGGCUGGAAAUAUAAAAGAAAUGCAGACAAGAAACCAGAACAGUCUGCUGCUGCUGAAGCAGUGAACGACCAGUUACUCUGACUUGUCACAGACUCUUUCCACUUGUCAAUAUGUGUUUCAUACAUUCAACAUGAUUUUCAUUCCUUCUGUGGGUGUGAAGGUGUAAAUCUGGCGUUUGAAGAUCUUCACCAUGUUGAUCUGCUUCAUCAGUGCAAACAGACAUUUCGCCCUUCAUGGAUUGCUACCUUAACGUGGUGGAGGGGCUUGUGUGACUGUUUCGACUGCAGAUCAGCUCCUGGUUUGGUCUCUCCUGGGAAAUUGGUCCCAGAGG